GUGUCUCAGAGACACCAGCAUUUAGUCAUUCGAGAUGUUGUUAAAUACAGUCGCCACAAUAGCGCUCCUUACCCAGGGCACGCACGCAAAUGCAGUACUUCGGUUUGGAUGUUCCCAGAUCACUGUCGAACGUCUUGACCCCCUCGUCAAUCCAUCAGUCAAUCCGUCUCCACACGUGCAUCAGGUCGUAGGAGGAAAUGCUUUCAAUGCCUUCAUUCCCGAGACUGACGUUUCGCAAAUUGCAAACUGCACAACUUGCAGCUUCAGCGAAGACCUUUCUAAUUACUGGACCGCAAAUAUGUACUUCAAGGCUCGCAAUGGAACAUUUAAGCGAGUCCCACAGAUUCCUAACCGCGGGCUGACCGGCGAAACUGGUGGGAUGACCGUGUACUAUACCUCCGCAUAUGACAACUCAAAGGUCACAGCUUUCAAGCCAGGCUUCCGCAUGCUCGCUGGGGACGCUUCGCAAAGAGCUAAUGGUGGUGUUACCAAGUGGAAUGCAAUCUGCUUCCGGUGCUACAGCGCCAAGAACUUUGGAGGAGAUAAUGGGGCUCCUUGCUCAGACAAAACUGUGGAUACCGUAGAUUUACCAAAAAAAGCCUGCGCUGGUGGUAUUCGCACAACUAUCAGAUUUCCGACUUGUUGGGACGGCAAGAACCUGGAUUCUCCAGACCAUACAAGUCACGUUUCAUACCCCGCGACAGGAACCUUCGAGAACAGCGGUGCUUGUCCAACAACGCACCCAGUCAAGCUUCCCCAGCUAAUGUUCGAGGUUAUCUGGGACACUACCACUUUCAAUGAUAAGUCUUUGUGGCCUGCCGAUGGCUCGCAGCCGUUUGUUUUCAGCCAAGGUGACAAUACCGGGUAUGGCCAGCAUGGUGACUACGUCUUCGGCUGGAAGGGUGAUGCGCUUCAAAAGGCUAUGGAUGGAAGCUGCUUCGGUGCGACUUGCAAGACGCUUAAGAGCCAAGCAUUCACCGAUGCAAAUAAGUGUGCUGUUACGAGCUCGGUUAAUGAGCCAGUCGAUGGAUGGCUUACAAGUAUCCCCGGGCAAAUGAGCCCACUUGGCCGCAUGUGA